UUUUUUUUUUUUUUUAAGUCAUGAGCAGUGGAAAUUUCCCUGAGGUCCAGGGUCUGCAAUCAACCCAUGGAAGACACCAGGAUUCUGAAUGUGACACACUUCUUCCAGAUAAGAUGUCAGUCACGAGACAAGAUGCACUGCAGUCUGAAACCAGAACUGAUAACCCUAAGGAAAGUAAUGAGAGGUUUAUCAAAUCAACUGAACAAGAAAUGCAUCUGCAAACUGAAGCAGGGGAAAUACCAUGCAGCUGGCUUAAUCACAGCAACAAUAUAACAUUUUGUAGUAACAACUUAACUGAUCAAGUUAGUCACAGACGGAAAAAAAAGAACACCUUGCCACCAAAUGAGCAAGUGUUCAACAGAAAGAAACUGCAUAAAUAUGCCACAAAUGACAAGGGUUUUACAGACCAACAAAAUGGAGGAGAAAGCAAGGUUAUUCCAACUGAGCAGCAGCCGUUUAAAUGCACAAUGUAUGACAAAAGUUUUACUUUGAAGUCCAACAUGAAAAAAGAUCAGUUUCCCCACAGUGAGAAAAGACUAUAUAAAUAUGCCACACAUCACAAGGACUUGAUCCCUAAUCAUUUGGCAGUUCUUCCGACUAUCGGCAAUAGACAGAAACCAUACAAACGUGCCACACAUGGUAAGAGUUUUACAGAAAAGGCUAGCAUGGUAAAACAUCACAAUAUUCAGAGUGUGAUCUCUCAAGAUAAUAAAAAACCUAAACACUUUGAAGAAAUUAAACAAAGGCAGAAACCCUAUAAAUGUACUACAUGUGAUAAACGUUUUAAAUACAAAGUCACUAUGUUAAGUCACCAGAGUAUUCACACUGUUGAGAAACCCUAUAAAUAUAGUAUGUGUAACAAGAGCUUUAGUACAAAGAGCAACAUGAGAUGUCAUCAGAGUACUCACGUGGAGCAGAAACUGUAUCCAUGCAUAACCUGUGGCAAGAGCUUUCCACAGAAGAAUCACUUUCUCUCUCACCAGAGCAUUCACAGUGGGAAGAAACCAUACAAAUGCCCAGAGGGUGAUGAGAGUUUUUACUACAAAAGGACUACAGUAAGUCAUCACAGCACCCACACUGGUGAAAAACCCUAUAAAUGCAGUAUGUGUGGCAAGAGCUUUAUGUACAGAGAGUCACUGUUAAGUCACCAUAGUAUCCACACUGGUCAGAAACCAUAUCAAUGCACCAUGUGUGACAAGAGCUUUGUAUACAGAAGUAGCAUGGCAGCUCAUAUGAGGAUCCAUGCUACACAGAAACCCUAUAAAUGCCAAAUGUGUGACAUGAGCUUUACACACAGAUAUCACAUGACAACACAUAUGUUUAUCCAUGGUUGGCAAAAACCCUAUAAAUGCCCAGUGUGUGACAAGAGUUUUACACGGAGGACUCACAUGACAGCACAUAUGUAUGUCCAUGGUGGGCAAAAACCAUAUAAAUGCCCAGUGUGUGAAAAGAGAUUUACACAGAGGUAUCACAUGACAACACACAUGUAUAUCCAUGGUGGGCAAAAACCCUAUAAAUGCCCAGUAUGUGACAUGAGUUUUACACAGCGGUAUCCUAUGACAACACAUAUGUAUAUCCAUGGUGGGCAAAAACCCUAUAAAUGCCCACUGUGUGAUAAGAGUUUUACACAGAGGAAUGAUAUGACAAGACAUAUGUAUACCCAUGGUGGGCAAAAGCCCUAUAAAUGCACAAUGUGUGACAAGAGUUUUACACGAAACAGUCAAAUGACAGCACAUAUGUAUAUCCAUGGUGGGCAAAAACCCUAUAAAUGCACAGGGUGUGACAAGAGUUUUACAAGAAGGAGUCAUAUGACAACACAUAUGUAUAUCCAUGGUGGGCAAAAACCCUAUAAAUGCACAAUAUGUGACAAAGGCUUUACACGGAAAAGUCGAAUGAUAAGUCAUCAGUGUAUACAUAAUGAGCCAGCACCCUAUAAAUGUGCCACAUGUGACAAGAGUUUUACAGAUAAGAGAAGCCUGGCAGUGCAUCAAAGAGUCCACACAGUCGGUAGUGUACAUGCACCAUGUGUGGCAAAGGUUUUAUAAGAAAUUAUUCUGACAGUGCAUCAAAGCAUCCACAGUCGGUAAUGUACAUGCACCAUGUGUGGCAAAGGUUUUAUAAGAAAUAAGUUUGACAGUGCAUCAAAGUGUCUACCGUGGUACAUGUGAUAUAAAAGAACUUGAGCAAGAGGAAGCGUAUAAAUAUUUGGGAAUUGAUAAAGG